AUGAAUAAGUUCUACCCAAAUUAUAAAUAUAGCAUUACUCUACAAUAAAGAAAUUAUAAGAGAUAUUAAUUUUUGAUUUAGUAGAUGAAUUUAGAAAAUGGUUUCUAUUAUUCAAAAGAUAUUGUGUUUUGGAUAAAUUAAAUCAAAAUUUAAAGUAUUUAACAAAUCUAAAAUGACAGAUCCUUUAUUUGGAUAAUGUUACACUGUAUUUAUUGGUAAAUCUUAAACUUAUUAGGUAUGAUUUAAUAAUUUAUCAAAACUUAUUAUAAUAUAUAUAAUUAACUAACCUACUUUAUUAUAAUUGCAUUCAUAAUAAUAAUCAUAAAUUAGUUAAAAUAAUUGAUAAAACAAUCAUAACAAAUUAUUAAUUGUAAUGUUUAAGUAAAGAAAUAAGUAACCUUCGCAAAUUGAAGUAUUAUUUUAAUAGCAUAGUUCUUCUUUGAUAAUAUUUUUUAAUGAACUUAAUAGCCAAAUAAGAUCUCAAUAAGUAACUUCAUUAUCAGGGUUUAGAUAUGAGAAAUUGGAUAAAAGAGAAUUCUUAAAAUUUUGAAGAGAGAUUAGUUGCUUAAAUUAUGUUCAAUCUUCUAACGGCAAUUUCUCAUAUGCAUUCCAGAUGAGUGUUUCAUAGAGACAUCAAACUAUAUAGUAUUCUAAUUUAGAUUCAAUUGCCUUCUGUCAUAUUGACUAAUUUCUGCUAUUCAGAAAUCUAUAUUUCUUAAACCAAAUACAAGAAAUGUGGAACACAAGGAUUUAUUGCACCUGAGAUCUUUAAAACAAAACUGUACACUCCAAAAGCAGAUAUUUUCAGUUUAGGUUGUUUGUAUUCUGUACUAUAUUUUGGAAAAAUCCCUUUUAGUGGAUCUACAUAAGAAGAGAUACUAUAGAAGAAUGAGGCAGUUCUUAUUGACUAUAAAAUUUAGUAUUGUAAUAUUAUUUAUAGAAGGAAGUAACUAUGUAGGAAUGUGUCAUCUUCAGGAUAAAUUUGUUGAAGGGUCUUCUGAUUUCUGAUCCUAAUUAGAGAUUAUCUGCUGAAUAGGCUAUACAACAUCAUUAGUUUAUUAAGAUGGGUACUAAACAAAAGGAAAAGUUCCACACAAAUAUUAUAAAAGGAAAGUCUCUUUCAACAAUAAUUGAAAAUUCGUUUGAUAUUACUCAUAGGUAUACUAAGAAUUGUUAUUUGUUAGUAUUCUAUAUCAGGUUCCAUCUAAUACAUCGAUUGAUGAUAGAGUAGAAAAGGAGUUCACAAGUGUUAACUUAAAAGAUAGAUUAUAAAAAUUCAAUUCAAUUAAGUUAAAACCUUCAAAACUUAGUCACUAAUAUUAUUAAUGA